AUGGUGUCCUCCAACCCCGUCAAGUAUGACUAUCAUCCAGACGCCGACGCCCAAGCAGCCGCCGCCGCAGCUGUUGGCCAUCGCAGUUUCUCUGCGCUUCCUGCUUCCCCCGCAGGUGUCGCGCCACACAUGACGGCGUCCCCGUCCGACGCCGAGGCACGCUCCAACUACUCCGAGAUCAACGACCCGUACGGGCUCGGCGCCCAGAUCAAGUCGGAAUCCGACAUUGGUCGCAUCCCCCAGAACAGCGCCCCGCAAGCGUAUUCAUACCUUCACGCGGCCUCAUGCUGCGCGCCGGGAGCGUGA